AUGCCGGUGAAAUGUUGUUUCUACAGGUCACCAACAACAGAAGCAGUGGUGUGGUCCGAGAACAUGGACACUCUCUUAACAGACCAAGCUGGUCUGGAUGCUUUUCGAACGUUUCUAAAAUCAGAGUUUAGUGAAGAAAAUGUUGAGUUCUGGCUCGCCUGCGAAGACUUCAAGAAAACAGAAAGUGCAGAGAAAAUCGCUUCCAAAGCCAAGAUGAUUUAUUCUGAAUUCAUUGAGGCUGACGCCCCUAAAGAGAUUAACAUUGACUUCAGUACCAGGGACCUCAUCUCGAAGAAUAUUGCAGAACCAACUCUCAAAUGUUUUGAUGAGGCUCAGAAGUUAAUCUAUAGCCUCAUGGCCAAGGAUUCUUUCCCUCGAUUUCUCAAGUCUGAGAUUUAUAAGAAACUCGUGGAUAGCAAACAGGUUGCAAACCAUAAAAAAUGGCUCCCUUUCUUGUAA